AGCCUCCAUUACUGACAUCGGUGCCGGAGCACCCGGCCACCUGUAUUUAGUCUACGAGUCAUAGUGUCAUACACUCCAACGCAAACCACCGGAAGCUCAUGGAGACCCACGGCCGUGCCAACAACAAUAGGCACGAGGCGCGGCACCACUUCGUCCUGGUGCACGGGCUGUGCCACGGCGCGUGGUGCUGGUACAAGGCCGCCACGGCGCUGCGGCGCGCGGGCCACCGCGCCACGGCGCCCGACAUGGCCGGCUGCGGCGCGCACCCGGCGCGCGCCGGCGAGGUGCGCGGCUUCGAGGAGUACUCGCGCCCGCUGCUGGACGCGGUGGCCACGCUGCCGCCCGGGGAGCGCGCCGUGCUCGUCGGGCACAGCCACGGCGGGUGCAGCGUCGCGCUCGCCGCCGAGAGGUUCCCGGACAAGGUCGCGGCGGCCGUGUUCGUGACCGCUUCUAUGCCGGCCGUCGGCCGCUCCAUGGGCGCCGCAACCACCGACGAGUAUCUCAAGUUCGUUGCAGCAGAGCCAGAUUUCUUCCUAGACACCGAAGAGCAAGACCAGGAGAAUCCUGAGAUUCCUGGACGGCCGGUUCUCUUCGGGCCAAAGUUCGUGGCCCAGAGACUCUAUCAACUAUGCCCGGCAGAGGACUUGACGUUGGCCUUGUCGCUGAUCCGGCCGGCGAACCGGUUCGACGAGGACGCGCUGAUGAAGGACGAGAAGCUGCUGACAGAAGCAGGGUACGGGUCGACAAGGCGCGUGUUCGUGGUGGUGGAGGGCGACCUGGGCAUCCCGGCGGAGUUCCAGCGCCGCAUGAUCGCGCUGAGCCCCGGCGUCGAGGUGGAGGCGAUGGCCGCUGGCGGGGCCGACCACAUGGCCAUGCUGUCCGGGACGGAGGAGCUCGUCGAGCUCCUCAUCAGAGUCGCCAACAAGUGCACUGUCCGAGUGUGACCGAUGACAUGGCUGGUGUCGCGUGUAGUCAUCGCCCAGCUAGCAGUCAGCAAAUCAAAUGCUUAGAAUGAGAAUCAUGAUCAUUGUUGGCAUGGCUUGAUGUGUGUCAGCACUCAACGAAUAAAAUCAAAAUAGAACUAUGUACCUGUUUUGUAUUGCGUGUAAUUUACUAUGGACCAUAUUUCUCUUCGAUAAGCACACUCUAAUUUGU